GUGACUGCAGCAGGCGAGCCAGUCAUCGGUAAUAGCUAUCGACCACGUGACCGUCAUCCGCCACGCAAUCGCAAAGCAGUUGCCUCGUUUGCAAGCAAGUGCCCGUACGUGCUGUUUUGCAGCUAAACGCUUGACAAAAAGAUGGCUUCCCUAAUGGAUAUCGUGUGGGACACUGCGGCCCACAUCCUCAGCGCAUUUGGCUUCCGUUUUGGAGGACUGCUUUUAUUUCUCGGUCAUCUGGUAACCAAAUUUGAGCUGGCGAACCUGCCCACCGAUCUGCUCGUCGACAACUUCCACCUCCCUGAAAAGUAUGACUACGUGAUCGUGGGUGGAGGCUCCGCAGGAUGCGUGCUGGCCAACCGCCUGUCGGCCGACCAAAGCAAGAUGGUGCUGCUACUGGAAGCCGGUGGCAUGGAGGAUGCUUUCUCGCAGGUUCCACUGUUCGCGCCGCUGCUCAUCGGUGGUAAAUUCGACUGGAAAUAUCUUCCUGAACCGCAGGAGUACGCAUGCCUCUCUAUGGAGCAUCAGAGGUGCCCGUGGGCCCGCGGCAUGGCUAUGGGUGGGUCUAGCGCAAUAAAUUUUAUGUUCUAUGUUCGAGGAAACCGGCGCGACUACGACAUAUGGAGGGACGACUUCGGAGCGCACGGUUGGUCUUACGAGGACGUGUUGCCGCACUUCAGGAACAUUGAGACGUCGAGCGUGCCAGACCAUGAUGGUCCCUUUUCCAUUCCUGGAUCCGUUGAGGCUCUUGCAUUUGUUAGCACGCCGUAUGUGAAUGCAUCGCUGGAAUUCCCGGAUGUUGAGAUCGUCCUGCAGUCCCUCCCUUCUUCAGCGGUUCCCUUGGAAUACUAUCUGACAAACAUGGAUCUCCGAAAAGACGUGUACGAUCAAUACUUCCUGCCCAAACGCGGACAUCACGGAUUCGCACUGGCUCCAGUGAUGAACAGGCCGAAAUCGAGAGGUUACGUGAAACUGAGGACAGCGAACCCGCUGGACCAACCAAUCAUUGACCCGAUGUAUUUGACGCAUCCUCAGGAUCUUGCAGUGGCAGUUGAAGGUCGCUUUGAAGAUGAGGCUAGCCAGGGCGCGCACUUUGAGCACAUCACAGAUCACUUUCAGGAUGCGGCGUCCACGCGGCCGCGCCGGGUCAAGAUAGCACUGCGACUCAUGGAGACCGACGCCAUGCGGGCCCUCAAAGCGAAGCCUUGGGACAUCCCUCUAGAUGCGUGCUACUCUGCAGGCCCCAUAUGGAGUGACCCGUACAUAGCCUGCCUUGUACGCCACAUGGCUCACACCACGUGGCACGCCUGCUGCACGUGCCCCAUGGGUUCGGACGAAAGGGCCGUGGUGGACCACAGGCUCAGGGUUCGCGGCCUGAAGAGCCUUCGCGUCGUGGAUGCAUCUGUCAUGCCAACAAUAGUAACUGGGAACCUCAACGCACCUGUGAUGAUGAUCGCCGACAAAGCAGCGGCUAUGAUUCGACAAGAUAAUGCGUAG